AUGAAUGAUGCACCACGUGAUGUCACACGACAAGCUGAACUAGUCGUGAUGGACUGCCUGAAAAGUUGGAAUUGUCCGCGGUCAUUGAAUGCGAUGACAGAGAAAAUGUCUACAUUAAACGCGUCAGCAAAUGCAACCGAGCGCUCUUCAAAUGAUAUUAAAGCUAGAAAAGAGGGAUCAAAGAUUCGCGUGCGUCUUAUGGAGUAUUUACAUAGCAUCACCAAAGGUACUGAAGACAUGUCUAGCUUAAGCAUACCACAACAAUUAGACCCAAGGGCUUUAGUUGCUACAGUAAAAGUGACAGAGUCUGAAAUGAAGUGGACGAGCGAAGAAGUUCGUGCAUUAAAGAAGGCUAUGAAAACUACUAGAUCCGAGGCUAACAAAUAUGCUCGAUGGAAAGAAAUCGCGGUACAGGUUGGAAAUAAUAAGACAAAGAAACACUGCUACCUGAAGUACAAAGAGCUCAAGCAAGAGAGAGCCACAGUCGCAGCGAAGAAUGGGUCCUCCCGCCCCAAAAACGCCAUCAUAAACAGAAAAGAUUUCAAUGAUACGACUUUAAGUGACUUCGCACCGGACAGAGUACGAGCGGAAGGCAACAUGAUCAUGUCUGAGGUCGAAAUGAUGAAGAAAGUCGAUAUAUCUUCGAAUCAAUAUUUCAUGGCAUCAACACUUUUUGAUAAGGUGUCGGCAUCUUUAGUUGUAUCUCAACAAUCUACAGAAGGAAGGUCUACGUUCGAGGCCCUUGAGAUUGAGGAUUGCGAGGAUAUGGGAUCGCAUUUCAGUUUAACAAAAACAGGUCAAGUUCAUUCGAUUCAAGCAAGCAGUGACGUCAAAUUUACCUUUGAAAGCACAAUGCGCGGUUUGACCUCGUCGGAUGUUUCCACAGUGCAACAGCUACUCUUUGGCUCAAGCAAGAAAUCGUUUAGUAGUCACUGGUAUGAACAGGGUUUCGUGUUCUCUACAAUACAAGAUCUACAGUACGGCUUAAUUCAGCAUCAGGGUGGCCCAUGUGGUGUCUUGGCGGUCGUUCAAGGCUAUGUGCUUCGUUUUCUGCUGCUAGAAGGCCAAAAUGACUGGAAAAACUCAGGAAUUCUGCAAUUAGAACGCGUUUUGGCUCAAGCUUUGGCCUUUAUUCUUUGGCAAUCUGCUGUAGCUUCGCAAGCAUCCAAGUGUGUCGUUGUCAUAAAAAAUAAUGCCAGGAGUAAACAAUGCAGUUUCAUGGCUAGCUUGAAGCUUCAUAUCGCUUCUAGUGAAGAACAAACGCGGCAGAUUAUCACUGCUUACAUUUCACAGUUUACAGACCCUAAGGGAUCUGGUCUUGUUCAGUUUAUACUCUCCGUUCUUUUUACAAAGGGCGUCGAACUGAUCUACAGUGAAAUGGAUCAGCUCGCACGCGACACAGGUGGCCAAUUGAUCGGUGCCCAUGACUAUUGCACACAAGAGCUCGUCAAUCUAUUAAUCUGCGGUUACGCGCGCAGUAAUGUAUUCGAUGGCGAUCAAAAUCUUGGAGACACAAAUACAUCCGAUUCAGACGCCCUACUGCUAUGUGGCAUCCCCAGUCAGCCCGUCCUCGGCUUCCUUUCUCUUUUUGAGGCGUAUGGAAACCUUGUCGUUGGGUCGUUCCUUAAACACCCUCGAGUCAACAUUUGGGUCGUUUGUAGUGAGUCGCACUACUCGGUUCUCUUUGCAGCAGACCCAGGAGCAGUGGAUGAUAGAACAUUUGACAUCCGUCCAAGCGUCGACCUGCUCUAUUAUGACGGACUUGCUUUUCAAGACAAAGAGAUUCACCUAACUGUGAAUACCUUGGCACUGGUCGAUUGUAUUACUACAGUGAGUCACGACGACCUCAUUCCACCGCUUGAUCUCGUGAUCCGUACAAAGUGGCCCCGGGCGACUGUGGAGUGGAAUGGGACCGAGCCUUUGCUUUGA